AUGGCAGCAGCAUCUACAGUGAGUUCAAAUGGAGGGAAUGUUUGGCGAGCACAUAUGGCUAUGGCCAUGGUGCAGGUGUUCAAUGGAGGUUACCAUGUUAUCACCAAAGUUGCACUUAAUGUGGGGGUGAAUCAGCUUGUUUUCUGUGUCUUCCGCGACCUCCUUGCGCUCUCGAUUCUCGCUCCUGUUGCGUAUGUACACGAAAAAAGGCUAAGACCGCCUCUGAAUAGACGCCUUGUUAUGACAUUCUUCUUUCUUGGUUUGACUGGGAUUUUUGGAAACCAACUUUUGUUUCUUAUUGGUCUGGGCUACACAAAUCCAAGUUAUGCUGCAGCCAUUCAGCCUGCUAUUCCAGUCUUUACAUUUGUAUUAGCUGUGAUAAUGGGUACAGAAACAGUGAAUUUGCAAAGAACUGAAGGCCAAGCUAAGUUAGGAGGUACUAUUGUGUGUAUUUGUGGUGCCAUUCUAAUGGCUAUGUUCCGUGGUCCUGCCAUGUUUGGAUAUAAGGAAUCAGAAUUUGCAGCUCAAAGUGAAAUAAGUGCCAAGGGUCAGCCUGAGCCUGUUGGAUGGUUAUUGUCUAGUUUUCUGGAAUUAGGGAUUGAUAAUUGGAACCUUGGUGUUUUAUGCUUAAUUGGGAAUUGCAUGUGCAUGGCAACUUAUCUAGCCAUUCAGGCUCCAGUUCUAGCCCAGUAUCCUGCAAGCAUAUCAGUGACAGCGUAUUCAUACUUCUUUGGUGUAUUCUUUAUGGUGGUAACUGCAUUCUUUAUGACGAAUGAGUCCACUGACUGGAAUUUGACACAAUCUGAGGCUUUUGCAGUGUCCUAUGCUGGAAUUGUAGCAUCUGCUCUGAACUAUGGGCUUUUGACAUGGUCAAAUAAGAUUCUUGGCCCUGCCUUGGUUGCUUUGUAUAUGCCUCUUCAACCUGUUUUGUCCGCAUUCCUAUCAAGAAUUUUCCUCGGAAGCCCUAUUUACUUGGGAAGCAUUUUGGGAGGACUUCUAAUUAUAUCUGGACUGUAUUUGGUUACUUGGGCAUCCAAUAGAGAGAAACAGGCAGCUGGAAUUCUUCCUCAUGCAACUCGGCCAUCAGAACAGGUUACUAAUAAGGAUUCGUCUCUCAACAAGAUCCCAUACCAGAAAGGACACAUUUUCUCAGGUCCUUCGACUUCAAUACCAAAGAUCAUGGAUUAA